GCGACCGAGCGCCCAGCCAGGCCCCAAGUCCGCCCGCGCCCCGCGCGCGGCCCCUCGGGCCACGGACUGGCGGCGCGACCAGACCGGACCGAUGUGGCGCAUGCGUGGUGGCGCCACCCGGCGCGGGAGCUGCGGCGGGGAAGGCGGCGGGAGCCGCGGCGAGUCGGGCCGCCUGGGCCGGGCCCGUGAGGGCGGCGGUGGCGGUGGCGGCGUGGGCUGGCGAGGCCGCGCGGGCGGGGCCCGGCGACAGCUGGAGGAGCGCUUCGCCGACCUGGCGGCCAGCCACCUGGAGGCCCUGCGCGCGCGGGACGAGCGGGACCGGCAGAACGCGCGGCUGCGCGAGGAGAACGCCCGCCUGAGGCUGGAGAACCGUCGGCUCAGGCGCGAGAACCGCAGCCUCUUCCGCCAGGCUCUGCGGCUGCCGGGCGACAGCGGCGAGCGGGAGGCCGCCGUCGAGACCCUCGCCCCGGACGAGCCCGCCACCAACCGCAAGGCGAGAGGCCAUGGCCGUGAGGAGGAGCCGGGCAGCCCCAGGGCGCUGCGGGCCCGGCUAGAGAAGCUGGAGGUCAUGUACCGCCGAGCGCUCCUGCAGCUGCACCUAGAGCAGCAGGGCGCGCGCCCGCCGGGAGCCAUCGAGGAGCCACCGCUCCAAGAAACUGCCACCGGCCUGUGCGCCCAUGAUCCGGACGUUCCGAGGCCCUGGCUGUAGUCCGAGGGCACGGAGGGAGGUGGGACCUGCGCGCGCCCCGCCUCCGUAGUACUCCGGGCUCCGCCCCUCUCAGCACGCGGAAGUUUGAAGUCCUGAGCUCCUGAACUCCAGCCCCACCCAAGGGCACUUCCAGGCGCCAAAUCCGUUGGCCUGAUGGAGAAAGAGAAGCAAGAGUUUCCCAGUUCCCACUUGUGCAAAGCAACUGCCAAGUACACUGCUGGUGUGUUGAGAGGGGUCCAACAACUCUAAGACCUGCUUUAAAGCAGCAAGAACUGGGUGCCUGGUCGCACCUCCUAAAUUCUUGAAGUUUUCAAAGUGUUGUGAGGACCAGUUUUUUUGCCACCCCUCCCCCCCCCCCCAUCUUUGAUGCUUUGAAGGAUGAAUAGUGUAUUUGAUUGGUGAUGCCUGUUCAUUCUACUGUCCAAAAACUCUGCUCUUUUCUCUUAUACAACCCACCUUUUAAGUGUGUUUUGUAAAUUGCUGACUUGGAUAGCCCAUGAAGUACUACCUUUUUAUAAAGAAAAAAAUAUUUAUAAUUGCCCGUCAUUCCAAUCCACAUAUGUUUAAUAUAUUCUCGUGUGUUGGCCUCCAGAGAUCUUUUUAGAGUAUCUUCUGACAGGUGAUGAUUUGAGCUGAUAAAUAAACUGGUGCAUUG